AUGACAACAACAAUCCGCAACCCCCGUCGCCUUCUCAUCCUCUCUCCAUCCACUCACUCCCCCUCAAUCAUCCCCCCGCUCCUGCACUCCCUAACCGGCGUCCCGGUGGCCGCGCCUCCGGCAGCGACAGCACCAGACACACCACCAGCAGGAACACAACCAGAAGCACAAACAGAGACAGAAAUAGAAACAGAAACAGAAAUACCCACCCUCUCCGACGCCGACACCCUCGCCCCCUCCUCCCACUCCAACGCCUCCUCCACCGCAACAAUCGCCCCAACACCAACACCAACACCAACACCACCCCCAGCUUCAGCACCAGAAGCGGAACCACCCACCACCACAACAUUCGCCGGCUACACCACCCACCCGCCCCUCCACAUCAAAAACAAAUACUACACCGCCGACAUCCCCAUCUGGGUCGACGAGAUCCCUCUCUCGGCGCCCCCAACUUCCUCCGCCACCGCCGCCGCCACCACCACCACCACACCUCCAACCACAACCGCAACCACACCCGAACCCACCACGCCCCAAACAUGGAAAACCUCCUUCUCCUCCCCGGAAGCCCAAGUCGUCCGCGAAGCCAUCGGCGCCGUGAUGAUCUGUUUCCGGAACCCGGCGUCGAGGUCCAUCCCCCUCCCUCUUCCUAACGGAGAUGAGGAUGCGCAUGCGCAUGCGCAUGCGGAUCUAGAGUCCCGGGAAGACGUGCGCCAACUCAAAUCGUUCGUGCAGGCGGUAGGCGAGGUGCGCGCGCUGAUUGAGGAGGAGAGGGGUGGGUUGGGGGUUGCGGAGGUGCCCGGGGUGGUUGUUUUGGUGGGUGGGGAGGGUGAGGGGCGUGGUAAUGGUGCUGGUGCUGGUGCUGGUGCUGGGGAUGGUACUGGGGAGGAGAUGCUGGGUGAGGAGCCAUUUUCGGUGGGGUGGUGGGAGGAUCAGGUUUGUGAGAUGGGGUUGAUUGGGGUGGAGGUUGUGAGGUGGGAUCCGAAGGGGGAUGGUUCUGGGGAUGGGGAGGGGAGGAAUGUUUAUGGAGAGCUGCAGGGGAUGCGUCGCAUCAAGGAGGUGCUGGAGACGCACGAUUGGGCUGUGACGGAGGGGGAGGACAUGGGUAUGGGUAUGGGUAUGGGGACUGGAUUACUCGAUGAUGACGACCUGGAGAGAGAGCUGCUGGGUCUGGACGAGGGGGAACAUGGGUUCGAUCUGGAGGUGAAUGAGCUGGAGCGCGAGAUGGUUGGGCUGCGGAUGGCGAUUGAGCGAGGCGGGGGCGAUGGAUUUGGCUUUGAUGACGAUGAGGAGGUUGAUGAUGAGGAGCUGCGCGUGGACGCCGUCGAGGCGUUGCUGCUGCGCAUGCGCGCCAUUAAGGGUAGUUAUUCCUUCCUUCCUUCCUUCCUCCCUCCCUCUCUCUCUCUCUGUUUCUUCACUUCUCUCCCUGAAUGGCACGAACGCGGGCUAAUAUGGAGACCAGAUAUCAGCGACGAGUUACCGGAAACCGAGCGGAAGCGAUUCGCGGCGAAGGCAGUGCGCGAUAUUAUGAAGGAGUUGUAA